GGCAAAUUCUACUGUUUACCUUGCAAAAUGCAAAAUGUAAAAUGUUUUGUGACUCCCAAGAGCUUAAGAUACCGGAGGUUCUCGACUGAUUUUGUGACAGAGGAAAAGUCUGAAGCGAAUAAAAAAUCAUCAAUUAAGCUCUGUAUGGAAUUGUUAGGCAUAAACAGCAGAGAUACAGCUUCCAAGUUUGUUAAGAGACAUCCAGCUUUGCAGUGUCUCGAUCCAAUCAAUGCCACACAUACGUUCAAUAUGCUUGUUUCAAUGAACGUCUCUGUCGAAGACAUCAAGAGGUACCCUUCAGUUUUGAACCUCCAUCCGACAACAUUACAAAACCGAACACAAAUACUAUUGGAAGCUGGAUUCAGAAAAGGCAACAUUCACUUUCAUCAUAUACAAAAAUACCUUUCAAUAUGUAAACAAAGCUUGGAAGUUUUCAAGCUAUACGAUUGGGUUGAUGCUGAUAAGGAUAUACCGGCAUCUCUUCUUGCGUCUUUCGAACUUGAACCUUCUGCCUUAUGCAUUGACUACAAAGCAACACUUUUAGCUGCACGCAAGUCUAUUCUCGAGGAAUAUUUGCGUCGAGUUUUGAAUUUCAACGAUACCGAUGUACAAAAUCAUUGGGAAUCAUAUAAUCGGAUCAAACACAAAAGCGGCGCUUCUAUUUUGGAAAUGGUAAAACUUCUAAAAGACGAAUUGGGGUAUACCAAUGACAUAAUAAAGAACCAUGCCUUUGUGUUGCAUGGCAAUCCAGAAAAUCUUAAGGAAAUUUUGAGACGAUUUGACACGAUAGGCGGAAUACCGACGAAAGAAUUCCUCAUAAAACGACCAAAAGUUUGUAUGGUGAAUCCAGAUUCAAUUUCUGCAACACUGAGUGUUCUUCAAAAAUUUAAUAUUAAUCAUGAACACAUAAAGCACUGUUUAGAUAUCGUGACUCUGUCACCCCAAACGAUCGAAAGACGCCUUACGGAAUUGAAAACUCUCCCAGAUUUUGAGAUAUUGAGUGAUCAUCCGCGCGUUUUAAAACUCGUCAUGUUCCAAACCAAAGCAAAAGCCAGAAUGGAGUAUCUGAAACAAUUAAAGUUCAAAUGUAUCUCUUUGAAUGUUCUGUCGACAUCCAAUUCAAUUUUUGAACGACAUACGAGAGAAGGUGCCGACAAAACUAGCGGGCUUGAUAUUGUGCUAUUUAUUGUGCGUCAUUUUCAAAAGCCCGAAAAGGAAAUACGAGAUAAAUUCGUUAGGCAUCCUCGAUGGAAUUGUGUGCCCUUAUCAGUGAUGAAACAUAAUUUAGAAUUUUUGUUAAAACUUAAUUUCACAAAGGACGAUAUUUAUAAACACAUUUACAUACUUCUUUAUCCAACAGUGCGAAUAGAGGAAAAAUUAAAGCUCAUUGCUAAAGAUGAAAAAUGCAAAAAUGCAACAAAGGCACAAAUAUUAAGUCUCCUUCUGUAUUACAUUGAAUUGGACUAUCAUUUUUCAGGAGAUGCUAUAUGGGUUGACUUUGAUGUACUGCAAGAACCAACAGAUGGGUCAACAGCUGACAUGCUAUCGAUAAAUUUAGUUAAAUUUGGGCAAAAAACUAUCGAUGAAGUAUACCCAUCUCGAGACUAUUCAUACAAAAGAAGUACAUUAAAGAAAUAAAACCAAAUUAUUUUUAAUAAAAAAACGAGCUUUAUUUUUUUUUCUUCAGUUCUGUUGUGCGCUUGAAUAUGUUUUGUAUAUCCAUGUUCACCGGACUUCUUAAAU